AUGUCUAAUACAAUAAACAACAACACUCGUUACCGUUAUGGAUGUAUGGGUCCAGGAUAUAAAACAUUAAAUGGCUUUGUAGGAAAGUUAUUUCGUAAAAUAUCUUCUAGACCAUACCAAUCUAAUGAAUCUCAAGAAACAACCGACAAUCCUUCCUUAACAAAUUCACAUUCAACAAAUUCUAUUACAAACCACAAAACAUUUAAUGUUGGAAUACAAGCACCGAACAAAGCAAAGGUAAAACCAGAUCGUAAAGGAAAAUAUGUUAUGUCUGAAGCUUCUUAUAAUGAGCAACCAGGCAAUAGUUCAUUACCAUCCCAGCGAAAUCGUUCCGAAGAUAUUUAUAACUUGAACCGAAAAGUUGAUGCUCUUGGUGCUCAAUUAACCCAAAUUGAACAAACAUUAAAUACUUUGGUUCAAAUACGUACUACACAAAAUAAUAGUGCUAAUAUUAUUAUUAAUACUCCCUCUCAAUCUUCUAAAAUUAGUAAUGAUCAUAUUCAUUACUGCACUAAAUGUGGUCAUAAGAACCUUCUUGACGAAUGGACUAAGUGGAAUACUGAAAAAAAUGAUUGGGAAAGAUACUCAAACGUUGACGUCGCUUUGAAGAGUUUGUCAGAAUUUAAAGAUGAAGAUUUUACUAGUGGCCUUUUUGAAGAAGUAAUUAUUUUUACUCCCGCUCUAAAAGUGUGGUAUACAGAUGUGACAUUUAAUUUAAACAUUAUCCACAGUCUUAUCCAACGUGAUGUCACACGUAUACUCAAUACUUUUUUGACAUGUUUUAUUAAAGCUCUCAAAUCUCACCUAACGUCCAAUAACCAGGUGUCAGGUCGUUUUACUACUUUACGUACCUAUGGCAUGACCUAUGAUCCUAAAUUAAAGGCAUAUAUGAUGGUGAUGACAUUAGCUGACUAUGGAGAUUUAUCUGCAUAUUUGAAAAAAGAAUUUUCAACACUCUCUUAUAUUCAUAAACUCGAGAUUCUUUAUGACAUAGCAACUGGUAUUUGUCAGAUUCACAAGUCUGGACUUGUGCAUCGUGAUUUACAUAGUCGCAAUGUGAUGUGUCAAGGAAUAAAAAAUAGGAGUCUAGGCCGUGGCGAGAACCAUCGAUUUGUAAUUGGAAAAAGACCUGACAUUGUACCUAAUACUCCAAAAUUGUAUGCUGAUUUAAUGCAAAGAUGCUGGUGUGGUAAUAAGGAGAAAAGACCAAGCGCAUUCGAGUUAUAUAUGACGAUUGGAACUUGGUUAAAUCAAUGUUUGUUUGUUCCCGACUCUGAGAUUACUAAAAGAUUUAAAAAAGGAGAUGAACACAGUUUAAAGAUACCACAAUCUCAAAGUUUGCAUCCAGAAAAUGUUUUAUAUAGUACUUAUCAUAAAACAUUACCAUUAAAUCCUGUCAAUUCAACUAUGGACUCAUACAAUUCCAUUUCAGAUUAUGAUGAUGACUAUUUAUUCAUGACUAUUACUGAUACGAUAUAA